AUGCUUAUGCGCAGCUCCCGCCGUUUGGCCACGAGACUGCCCCUCGUCAAAUCGGUGCAAAAGUCGCUCACUUUAAGCCAAACAAGGACCCUGGCUUCAGCUGCUCCCCAGCCCGAGUCUGACAAGUCUGAAAGUUCAGGCAAGUCUUCAACUCCGUUUUCGAUCACCCCGGCAGGUAUUGCGGUAUCGCUGGCGCUUUUCGGUGUUGGAGGUUAUCUUGGUUACUCGAGGGCAUAUGCCAGUCCACCAACUUUCCUGUAUCCAGAAACAUCAACCACUCCUCUCGAAGAUCUGGAGCCACCAAAAUAUGCUUCUGAUGCCGAAUUUGACAGAGCGAUUGAAGAAAUCGCGGGUUUGCUGGGUGCGGAACAUGUGUCGCGCGACCAGCCCGAUCUCCAAUCGCAUGCUGACUCCGAAUACAACUGUCACCACGCCAAACCAGACGAAGUACCCCGGGUAAUCGUAUUCCCAGGAACCACCGAAGAAGUCUCUACAGUGAUGAAGGUUUGCCACAAAUAUCGCGUUCCUGUGAUCCCAUACAGUGGGGGUACGUCGUUAGAGGGCCAAUACAUCUCCACACGCAAAGGACUUACGCUGGAUUUCUCGCGCAUGGACGCCAUUCUUGAGUUCAACAAAGGUGAUCUCGACAUCACGUUGCAGCCUGGUGUUGGCUGGCAAGAUUUGGACGAGUUCCUGAAGCCACACGGUCUUUUGUUCGGACCAGACCCUGGUCCAGGUGCGCAGAUCGGAGGUAUGGUGGCCACCAGUUGCUCUGGAACCAACGCCUUCAGAUACGGAACGAUGAAAGAAAACGUGCUGAGUCUUGAAGUGGUGCUGGCAGACGGCUCCAUCAUCAAAACCAGAAGAAGACCAAGAAAGACUGCUGCAGGUUACAACCUCACCAGUCUUUUCAUUGGUAGCGAGGGCUCUCUUGGAAUUGUUACCAAGGCCACUUUGAAGCUGAAUCCCAGACCUGCUGCUGAGUCAAUUGCUGUUAUUGCAUUUGACAAGGUUGAGGAGGCCACUGGAGCAGUCCAGGACUUCAUCCGCAGCGGAGUCUCCCUCAAUGCAGUUGAGCUGCUCAAUGCAAAGACCGUCUACUGCGUCAACGAGAGCAAACAAUUAUCUCAGAAGCUUGACGAAAAACCCACUCUUUUUAUCAAAGUUGGUGGACCUUCGCAGGUGUUCGUGGAUGAAACCGUCAAGAUCGUGAAGCGCAUCUCCAAGGACCACAACGUGCAAAAUUUCAGAUUCGCUACGUCCGAGACCGAGAAGACUGAACUAUGGGCUGCUAGAAAAAUAUUUUACUGGUCUACACUUAAAUUUGGUCGUGAGACUGUAUCGCCAGACGUGAACGUUUGGACCACCGAUGUGGCUGUACCCAUCUCGCAGCUGGCUACUCUGGUCAAGGAAUGCGAAGAAGACAUCGAGAAAUCGGGCAUUCUUGGAACCAUCAUUGGCCAUGUUGGUGAUGGAAAUUUCCACACGCUUCUUGUGUAUACUCCAGAGCAAGCUCAGAUUGCAAUGGACCUCGUGCAGAGACAGGUUUACCGUGGACUUGAGGUUGGUGGUACCUGCACUGGUGAGCAUGCUGUUGGAUAUGGAAAGAGAACCUUUUUGGAGAAGGAACUCGGAGACACUACGAUUUCUACUAUGAGGAAGGUCAAGAUGGGUUUGGAUCCUCUGAGAUUGUUGAAUCCGGACAAGAUUUUCAAGAUUGAUCCUAAUGAUAAGGAGCAUUGA